AUGAGACUUCUACUGUUGGCCGUAGCGUGGGCUUCGUACGCUUCAGUCGCUUCAGCCGUUUGGUUGGAUACCAAUAAUGAAACCACAAUCUUGGAAGCAACUGCCCAAAUUGCUAAAGGUUUGCUUAACUACUACCAGGGAAAUACAUAUGGCGGAACCAUCGGCAUGUUCUCCUGGCCUUACUACUGGUGGCACGCUGGCGGUGCUUUCGGAUCCCUCCUAGACUACUCCUAUUACACGGACGACCACCAAUACGACGACCUCAUCGAGCUGGCUCUCACCUACCAGGUCGGUGAGCACUACAACUAUGUUCCAUUGAAUCAGAGUACUACUGAAGGUAAUGAUGAUCAGGCCUUUUGGGGCUUUGCAGUGAUAUCUGCUGCUGAACAUAACUUUACCAAUCCAAAAGACCCAAAGUUGGCCUGGCUUGCACUUGCACAGGCUGUCUUCAACACCAUGAGCUCUAGAUGGGACAUGGAUCAUUGCAACGGUGGUUUGCGGUGGCAGAUUUUCCAGUGGAACUCGGGUUACGAUUACAAAAACUCCGUGUCCAACGGUGCUCUUUUCCACAUGAGUGCACGUUUGGCCAGAUACACGGGUAACGACUCGUACGUUGACUGGGCCGAGAAGGUCUUUGACUGGAUGUACGGCGUGAACCUCUUGACCGAAGGUGAGGAGUGGUUUGUCUACGACGGUACCCACGCGCCUGAUAACUGCUCGAAUGUUACCAAAUGGCAGUGGACCUAUAACCAGGGUCUUAUGUUGGCCGGCUGUGCCUACUUGUGGAACUACACCGAGGAUGAAAAGUGGCACAACCGUACCUUGAACUUUUUGCACUCCGCCAGGGUCUUCUUCUACAAGAAAUCCGAGGAUGCCAAUAUCAUGUACGAGGCUGCAUGUCAAAGUCCCACGAGUGAUUCUUACUCGUGUAAUCAGGAUCAGCGUUCCUUCAAGGCAUACUUUUCGCGGUUCUUGGGGCUUACAUCUAUUCUUGUGCCCGAAACCUACGAUCAUAUCAGAAGAUGGCUCGUUGACUCCGCCAAUGCAGCUGCCUACUCUUGUAGCGGUGGUUCGGAUGGACACACGUGCGGUCUUUCGUGGACCAAUGGCUCUUGGGAUGGUACCUACGGUCUUGGUGAACAAAUGAACGCUUUGGAGGUUAUGCAAAACCUUCUUGUGCGUGAUAGAGCUCCGCCAUUGACUGCUGACACCGGAGGUACCUCGAUCGGUAACCCGGCUGCGGGCUAUGCUGUUGCCAAAACGGACGCUGAGCCACUUGACCUUCAUGCUAAGGAUAAGGCAGGUGCCAGUAUUAUCACUGCGAUAGUUGGAGUUGCCAUUAUUGGCACGGCCACCUGGUUGGUGAUAUAA